UUGGGAAGGAAAUAACAUUUCGAAAGUCACUGGAAAAACUUGUAAAAAAAUAAUCCGUUAUGCCGCGGCAGAGCGGCAGAACGGCAGAGCGGCAGAGAGAACGGCAAGAAUUUUGAAAUGCUCCCUUAAUGAUCACUCGUCUACUUUUUUCUUUAACAUUAUUGUCUAUCAUUGAACUUCCUUCUUCGGCGCAAGCAGCACGAAAAUUAUCAUAUACCGACGGCUUUUUUUGUUUAGUAUGUUGCUGUUGUUGUUGUGUAUCCGUGAUCGGUGUUGUGGAUGUUGUAUUAGGAGUUGAGGUGGUUGAGAACGGCAAGAAUUUUGAAAUGCUCCCUAACGAUGAAUUAAAAUAUUUCACAAAAGCAGCUCAAGAAUUUAAUUUAAAAGUAAAACCAUCAACGACAUCAGCCGUUCAGUUUUGGAAAAUUAAUCAAGUACAUUUACCAUCAUUGUCGUAUUUAGCCAAAAUUUAUUUAGGCACUUGCGGCACUAGUGUACCGAGUGAAUCAGCUUCUUCAUCGGCUUAUUUAGGUCGUAAAGAAAGAGCGCGGUUAUCAGCUGAGUAUAUCGCAUACAUUUAA